GCCUCGCGCUGCAUGCCGGGAUACAUCUCGGUCUUGUUUACAAGAUGGUAGGCGAGGAUAUUCUGCUCUAACUUACAGACAAAAAGUAUUAACCCGUGACUUCCUAACGUUGUCACUCUUGAGCUCCACUCAGACUACAUUUCGUUGAAAAUAAAUAACAUUUAUUCAACCCGGAGCGUCCCAGACCGGAGUGGACUGAAUGAGGCUAAAACAGCAGCUCUCACACUGACAGAGGAGAUUUUUUUUGCACUGUCACUGACAGACACCCUGUUCAAAUCACAGAGUACUGUGCAUAGGGACUGCAGGAGUGUUCCUGAAUCCAGCCGAAUGAACAGAGCGACUGCAAAGCAUCUAAUUGAGCGCUACUUUCGGCAGUUAACUGACGGCUGUGGAAAUGGCGACUGCACGAAUGAGUUUUGCGCAUCAUGUAGUGACUUUCAACCUUUGGAUAAGAACUCAGCAGCUGCCAAAGCGCUUGAGCUGUUUAAGAUUAAUGCCAAACUCUGUAAUCCUCACCCCUCCAAGAAAGACUCUGAAGCCCAACAUCCAAACACUCAUCUGGACAGUAAGAUGAGCGAGAUGAACCUCUGUACCCCCAAGGAGGACUUCUCAGAUCUUCAUUACCUCACAGAGAACACAGUAUGUAUGAUCCUGAGUUCCUGCGAGGAGAAGGGAGAUUACUCCGCUCUGAUCCGCAUCAUCGGCAGGAUUUUCUCCAACGCCGAGGCCUUGGUCAAGAGUUUCAGGAAGGAUGAACCAAAAACAACUGAAGACCUUGACUCUUUAAAACCAUCAGAUGUGGACAAGUGUGAGAAGCAGAGUGAGAAAUCCUCAGAGGAGAUGGGGGCUUCCUCCGCUGCUGCUUUACCAGACGAGGGUUGUAGUGAAACGUCCGACUCUUGUGAGGUUACGGUGGACAUCGAGGCCGUGCGGAGAGUCUACGACAGACUUCUAGGCCUUGACCAGGUAGAGGCAGCUCUUGUAAACGCACUCAUUUACCUCACACCAAACAUGGAACUUGACCUGGAGUACCUUGACGUGUACGAGACGAACCCAGAUUACCUGAACAUCUUCGUCAUCAUGUUGGAGAACAGUAACCUCCACAGCCCGGAGUACCUUGAAGUGGCGUUGCCACAGUUCUGCAAAGCGAUGAGCAAACUGCCGGUGUCUGCGCUCGCCAGGCUCUCAAAGCUCUGGUCCGUGUAUGGUCUCACGCACAUCCGCCGGAUGAUGGAGACCUUCCAGCAGCUUAUCACUUUCACGGUCGUCAGCAAUGAAUAUGACAGCGAAAACCUGGUGAACGAUGACGAGACCGUGGUCGCCGCCACGCAGUGUUUAAAAGUCGCCUUCUACGCAAGCAUCCUGGGUGGCGAUGUGAACGUGGAGCACAACGAGGAGGACGAGGAAGACUCCGAGUCCGACGAGCUCACCCUGCAUGAGCUGCUAGGUGAGGAGCAGCUCUACAAGAAGGGUCCCCGAGCCGAUCUUCUGGAGAAAGAACUCGGUGUCAGACCUGUAGAUAGCAUUAAGCCCCUCAUCCCUUUUGAGGACUUCGUCAACGAGUCGCUGAACGAAGUGAUCGAGAUGGACAAGGAUUUCACCUUUUUCAAAGUCAAUGCCGAAACCAAGUUUUCUUUCCAGAGCUGCCCCUUCAUCCUCAACGUGGUCACCAAGAGCCAAGGACUGUACUACGACAACAGGAUCAGGAUGUACAGCGAGCGGCGCCUCACGGCCCUCUACAGCAUGGUCCAGGGCCAGCAGCCCAACCCCUAUCUCAAGCUCAAAGUACGCAGAGACCACAUCAUUGACGACGCCCUCGUCAGACUGGAGAUGAUCUCCAUGGAGAACCCAUCGGACCUGAAGAAGCAGCUGUUUGUUGAGUUUGAAGGGGAGCAAGGUGUAGACGAGGGAGGCGUUUCAAAGGAGUUCUUUCAGUUGGUUUUGGAGGAAAUUUUCAAUCCUGACAUAGGAAUGUUUAGCUACGACGACGACACAAAACUUUUUUGGUUUAAUUCAUCAUCACUGGAAAAUGAAGCCCAGUACACGCUCGUUGGACUCGUCCUGGGGCUCGCCAUCUACAACAACUGCAUCCUGGACGUUCAUUUCCCUAUGGUUGCCUACAGGAAACUCAUGGGCAAGAAGGGGACCUACUUGGACCUGUCAGACUCACAUCCAGGUCUCUACCAAAGUCUGAAGGAGUUGCUUGAAUAUACCGGAGACGUAGAAGAAGACAUGACGCUCACCUUCCAGAUAUCACACAAGGACCUUUUUGGAAACCCGAUCUUAUAUGACUUAAAAGAGCAGGGAGACCAGAUCCCUAUUACUAAGGAGAAUAGACAGGAGUUUGUGGACAUGUAUGCUGACUACAUAUUGAACAAGAGCGUGGAGAGACAAUUCAAAGCCUUCAAAAAAGGUUUCCUAAUUGUCACAAAUGAGUCCCCACUGAAACAUUUGUUUCGACCUGAGGAAGUUGAGCUGCUUAUCUGUGGAAGCAGGAAACUUGACUUUGAAGCACUUGAAAAGACAACAGAAUAUGAUGGAGGUUAUAGCAAAGACAGUCAGAUCAUCAAAGAUUUCUGGGAAACAAUUCACUCUUUCGGAGAGGAACAGAAGAGGUUGUUUCUUCAGUUUACCACCGGCACAGACAGAGCACCAGUUGGUGGGCUUGGCAAAUUAAAAAUGAUCAUUGCCAAGAAUGGCUCCGACACAGACAGGCUACCGACCUCUCACACCUGCUUUAAUGCACUGCUGCUCCCAGAAUACUCCUCAAAGGAAAAACUGAGAGAAAGACUCCUCAAGGCCAUCACAUAUGCCAAAGGAUUUGGGAUGCUGUGACAGAUCCACAGAGAAAGUUUUCAGACUGCAUUUUAAGAAAAAAGGGAGUUCCACAAAAAGGGGGAGUAAAUGACAUGAAACCAAAUGCUGCAAUAACCCUGUGCCUAACCAACCUCUGCCAGUCAUACUCCAAUGUGGGCCUUUCACUCUGAGGCCUACCGUCUCUUGACAGUCAUUUUCAUAUACAUUAGGUUUCCCAAAGAGUUACACACUGCACUUGAAUAACGUAUUUUAUCUUUUGUGUUUUGUUUUUGGGCAAAUGUGAACAAUGUUUGAUUUGUGAAACUGUGAAAGUGCACUUAAACACAGGAGUUGUGCCAGCACAUGCAGUAUAUUUAUUGAAUUAGUUUGA